UCCUCUUCAGCCAUAAGUGCUCCGGUCGGUGAGCAGCUCCAGGUCUGCUGAGGUGGAGAUGAGCUGAUGGAGACCCUCUUGCUGGUGGAGCCGAGGCCUGCGUAUCCAGAGCCCCGGGUCUGAUCAUCCGACAUGGCGCCCUUACCUCCAGGCGUCCGCCUGCUGCUGUGCUUCCACAGUGAGCAGUGGUACAGAGCUGUGACCUUCAUCCUCACCUUCCUACUCUACACUAGCUUCCACCUCUCCAGGAAACCCAUCAGCAUCAUCAAGAGUGAGCUUCAUAAAAACUGCUCUUCUGCCAUUGAGCUGUCCACCAUGACGUCGGGCAGUGGUGGGAAUCAAGAGCCCUCCCUAUCGUCACUUCCCACAGACGUGGACUGCAGCUGGAAGCCCUUUGAUAAAAGUAACUACAAACAGCUGCUGGGAGCCCUGGACUACUCCUUCCUGUGUGCCUACGCAGUGGGAAUGUUCCUCAGUGGCAUCAUUGGAGAGCGGCUGCCCAUCCGGCUGUACCUCUCCGUGGGCAUGCUGGCCAGCGGCCUCUUCACCUGCUUAUUCGGGCUGGGAUACGUUUACAACAUCCACAGUCUGGCCUUCUACAUAUCCGUCCAGGUGGCCAAUGGCCUGGUCCAAACCACCGGCUGGCCCAGUGUGGUGACCUGCAUUGGUAACUGGUUUGGAAAGGGACGGCGUGGACUCAUCAUGGGCCUGUGGAACUCCCACACCUCAGUGGGAAACAUCCUGGGAUCUCUGAUCGCUGGUUACUGGGUCUCUUCUAACUGGGGCCUGUCUUUCAUUGUUCCGGGACUCAUCAUUGCAGCCAUGGGCCUGGUGUGCUUCCUCUUCCUCAUUGAGCAUCCCAAUGACCUAAAAGCCACGUUUGCUCAGAACCGGUCUCAAAGCAACAGUGUUCCUGCUAAGAGUUGGAGAGGAGCAAAUGGACAUGCUGAGGCUCAGUACAAGGACAACAGAAAACAGAGCUAUGACACAGAGCUGCUGCUGCCCAGGGACGGUGUGCGUGUCCCCGUGCAGCCCGUGGUGGUGGUGAAGAGCGAGGCUGAGCCGUCGGCCAUCAGCUUCAUGGGGGCCCUAAGGAUUCCAGGGGUGAUUGAGUUCUCUUUGUGUCUGCUGUUUGCCAAGCUGGUCAGUUAUACUUUCCUCUUCUGGCUGCCACUGUACAUCACCAAAGCUGCUCAUCUGGAUGCAAAGAAAGCGGGAGACCUGUCCACCCUGUUUGACGUCGGGGGAAUUGUCGGGGGGGUCCUGGCCGGGGUGAUCUCUGAUAAAGUGGGAAAGAGAGCCAGCACCUGUGCAGUGAUGCUCCUGCUGGCUGCUCCCACGCUCUACGGCUUCUCCAUGAUCAGCGAGCUGGGCCUGAGGCCGACUGUCGGGAUGUUGCUGGUCUGUGGAGGUCUGGUGAACGGGCCCUAUGCUUUGAUCACCACUGCAGUAUCAGCCGACCUGGGAACCCACAAAAGUCUGAGAGGGAACGCCCGGGCUCUGUCUACUGUCACUGCCAUCAUCGAUGGAACAGGCUCUGUAGGCGCUGCUCUGGGGCCCCUGCUGGCCGGCCUGCUGUCUGCAGGUGGCUGGGACCAGGUCUUCUACAUGCUGAUGACCGCUGACUUCCUGGCCCUGCUGCUUUUGUUACGACUUGUGACGAAGGAGCUGACCUCAUCAAAAUCCCGUUCCAUCUCCUCUGUUGAGCUGAAGAAGCACUGAGCAGUCUGAGGGCCCAGCUGCUGCCCCCCCCCCUAAAACCACUGAUCUGAGCCCAGGAGGAGCUGGUUGCCGUUCCUGCACAGGCUGAACCAGCUGCUCUGUCGAACCUGUGUGGAGAACCCUGCCUCUCUGGGGGGCGUUUGGACCUCAGAGCAGACAUUUUGUAAAGUAGCGCUCUUUGAAACAGCAGCUUCCAGCUCAGGUUCCUGCUGCUGCCACUAAACAAACCCAAGAUCUGACCUCCUUCUACUGGUCAGCUUUCUAUCAGCUCAUGUUCCUGCCAUCACAACUCAGAGGUCCUGGUCCUAUACCUGGUCCCUGUCCCAUACCUGCACCUGCA